UUUAUAAUAUAAUAUAAUAUAAUGCAAAGAGUGGAUAUUUCCACCUUCACUAUACAAUGUGGAGUGAUGACUAUUCAAGUGCUGACAGCUGUGCAGUUCAGCAGUUACAGUACAGAAGCUCCAUGGAGAAGCUCGGCGCCGCCGUGGCUGUGCAGGAGGACGCUGCGUUGGUGGGGAGCAGCGUAGCACAGGAGGCAUCUCCAGGACCUGGGUUCGAGGGGGGCCUAGGGUCCCGGUUCGACAGGAGUGCUGACGAUGACGGCUCCCGCUCUGAGGACGGCAGAGAUGAUCAGAUGUCCCGCUCUGAGGACGGCAGUGAAAGGGAAGCCCCGGAGGUCCACCCGGGGGGCUCUCUGAGCGAACUGGGUUCCCACUUUGAGCGCUGCAUCCAGGAAGUGGGGCAACUGCAGCGCCGGCGGGACGAUCUGGUCCGGGAGCUGCUGCGGCUGGAGCAGCCGAUGGCGCGGGAGGUUGCGGCGCUGCGUGCGGAGAUGGCCGAGGCUUUCGGGCAGCUGAUGGGCGUGCAGCUGGAGCAGCGGCGUCUGCGGGAGGAGACGCUCCUGGUGAAACGGAGGCUCUUCGUCACGACCCGAGACUGCAUCCAGAGUCAGGUCGCCUUGGCAACGCAGCAGCACGAUGUGGCCCAGUUUGCCAUCACACAGGAGGAGCUCCAGGCCCAGAUCCUGCAGCUCGGCCAGGAGGUGUCCCGGCUGCAGGAGGCCCAGCAGAAGCGCCUCGGAGCCUCGCAGCUCCGUCCCCGCUUCCGGCCCCGGGCCCACAGUGACCUGACCGCUGGCCGAAGAGCCUCCCUGGAGCUGCAGCAGUACCUGAGGGGGGGGAUGAGCUUCCUGCAGGAGUGGUACGAACCCCGGCUGCUGGCGCUGCUGCGAAGGAGGCAGGCCGGCGAGGAGGCCCUGCGCACGAGCCGUGAGCUCUCCCAGGAUCUGAGGGCCCAGCUGGGGCCCCUCAGGGAGCACGUGCAGAAGCUGGAGCUGCGGCGAUCCUGUCUGGAGGAGACAAUCGCUCUCAUGGAGCUGGAGAGGAAGGAGAACGUGGAGCAGUGCAGGGAGACACUGGACACCCUGGAAGAGGCCUUGAGACAUCUGAGGACAGAGCUUCAGGUGCAGAGGAGGAGAAACAAGAAGCUGGAGACCACGAACAGCAGACUGGAGCAGGAGGCAGAGGCCUACAGGGGCUUCAUCGAGAGUCUCGGGAGGACGGAGCACCCGGGCGAGCAGGAGCUCGGCGGGACCCACGGAACCGGCUGAGGCAGGAGGUCCGCUGUGCGUCGCCGUGAGAGCUCACGUUGCCGAAACUGAUGUUCGUGAUUCGGAAGCGACCGGUUGCAGCGAGCGCAGGCGAACGGAGCCCUUCAGCUGGGAGGAGAUGAACUAAGUCCUUUUCCGCCUCUUCGGGAAGCUUCUAGAACCCGUCUCCAAGCACGUCCCCCCGACGGCUCAUCGACGGAGCCGCUGAAUUAUGUUCCGGCGACACGUCCCGUGAAUCCGACGCCUUGGAUUCUCGCUCGGCCUGCGCCGCUGCUCUCGUGGAACCAGGUAAAAACAGGUACGACUUGCGAAGGGACGCUCCUGUAUUUGAGCACGACGGGUUCGACACGUGCACAGUUGACUCGAGAGCUGAGGUUUCGCUCUGUUAUUUCGGCCACCGGCGGCUUUUUGAAAGAACAGCUGAGCCGCAGUGCAACGCAGCUGCUGCUGCACGGACUUUACGCUACCUUGUACCCUGGUACGAAAUGGUGCCCUGAGGGAAAGAACCGUAAGAAGCGCAGGCGGUGAAAAGGAUGAAUAGGAGGAAGCCGGUGGAGCGUACGGUGCCGAGGCUCUUCCGCAAAGUGCUGUACGGACACCGUGGUAAAAUCACGGUGAAAACACUGAAGGACAGACAGGACUGUGUCUUCUGCCACUUCUGUGUGUUUCCUCUUCUUUAGUUCACCCAGCACACUCACACACCCCUUCGCACACACCCCUGCUGUAAUAGCACCCCCACGCAGAGCUUAAGUGAAUUACCAUCACCAUGGUACACACUCAGUUUACAGGCUUUUUUUUUUUUUUAAACUGACAUUUGAUUUAUUUAUUUGUAGUGAAUUUGAAAACGUGUAUUUAUCUCCGGAAUGUGUGGGCUGGUGUCGCACUAUUUGUAUUCUGUUCUUUUGUUUAUUUGAUUAUUGUUCCAUUUAGUUCAAAUCCAUUCAUUCAGUUCCAAACUCAAGCUUCAGGACUAAUAUGAAAAGAGGGAAAAUCACAUCAUAGUUUUACUGCUUUUACACUUUUCUCUAUGUGCACUUAGAGCACAAGGAUGCUGAUGUGGAGCAGAGUGAAGAAAUGUGAUUUUUAAACAUAUUUUAUAUAAUAAGAGUGAUGGCCCGACAUGGAUUGGAUCAGUGGCUUCAUUGCAGCUUCGGAGCGGCUUUCUGUGUGUGCGUGCGUGUGCGCGCGCUGCUGUUCAUCACUGCUGUUUUCAAGCCUUUCGCUUUUUCCACUUUUAAAGCACACCACAUGGGACAGCACAGCAUUAUGG